AUGAACAGAACGCACUCAAAUGUAAUACUAAUAUGCAGACUUUCCGAUGCAAAUGUUCAUAAGGACUUUUGUUUGAAUUCUGGCACAACACCGGAGCCACGCGCUCCCGUCCCUGAGAUGCAGGCACGACAUGGCUACUGGUGGCACCUUCUCAUCGACCUUCCCAUACUACUGUUGGUUGGAGCAUUAUGCAUCCUACUCGAAGUCGGAGCGCUGCCGAGUCGUCGCACCGGCUUCAUGUGCAACGAUCCAGCGCUGUCGUAUCCUCACACCAAAGAGACUUUUAGCAUACCACUGGUAGCAGCCAUCACUGUUAUCGUACCUUACUUGCUUUUGUGGGCAGUGGAAACCACUCUUCAACAAGAAGAUGAAUACAACUUGAAGAAGAGCAAGUACAUGACCAGCGCCAAGGUGGCAGCUCUAAUAUACAGGGACUAUAUCUACGGGUCCAUCGUCAACUUGACGAUACUCGAGAUUGUCAAGUGCGCGGCAGGCUCUCCUAGGCCUACUUUCUUUGAUUUGUGCAAGCCGGACAAAGCUAGCACUUGUAACGGUUCAGAGUACGUGAGCAGCUACACCUGUACUUCUAAACAAUACGCGGGGUACCUGCAGACUGACUCCAGCCGCAGCUUCCCUUCCGCGCACGCAUCACUCUCCGUGUAUUGUGGAUUAUUUUUAGCAUGGUAUCUCCAAAGAAAGGCCUUCAGCUGGCACAACCGAUCAGUCCUGGUGGUGCCUCUCCUGCAAGUGUUGUGUGUAGUGUACGCGUGUGUGUGCAGCCUGAGCCGGCUCACAGACCACCGGCACCACUGGUGGGAUGUGCUCGCUGGGGCGGUUAUGGGAGUUCUGACCGUUCUAUAUACGGUGCUAGUCCUGUGCAAGAACUUCUCACAGCCCGCAGUGGUGAGCACCAGCGAUAUCUCGAGCAGUGAUGGCAACAACCACCAGUCGGUGAGGCGGUUGCUUUCUGACAGAGAACCCAGAGUGGUGGUGCCCUAG